AUGGGCAGCGGAACUGAGCUCCCAGUAUGGAUCUGCUUGGUCUGGCUGGUCGCCGGCCUGGCGUCUGGCGAGGAAGUACUUCGGUGCUUCGAGUGCAAGGAUUCGGAAACAUCGUGCGGCUCUCCAGAGAACUCCAUAGGAAACGUGCGAGAGUGUCCAAACUCAACGAUGUGCUCGAUCAAUGUGAUGUACUCCCUGAUUCAUGGAAAAGAGUGGACCAGGACGAGAAGAGGCUGUAGCAAGCAGAUUACAAUUUAUCAGGAAUAUAUUGGAAAAGCUUGGGUUCACAAAUAUAGAAUAGGCGAACUGCCAGAGGGUUGUAUGAAAACGGAGAGAUCUAUAGAGUGCAAUUGCCAUGGGUCGCUGUGCAAUUCAGCGAUUCGAGGAGUCAGCAUUUCCUCAUCGCUUCAAGGAGCCAGCAUUUCCUCAUCGCUUCUGAUCCUAUUGGCCCUCGCCUAUGGGAAAAUCAUUUUUCCCGUCUAGUCGACGACACUUUUUGGGGUGUGUUCCCGUGUAUUUAACAACUGAUCAACACUUCCUGGAACGC